GUGAUGAUUAUGAUGUGGAUUAUGUGUGAAUGGAAUGAUGAAGAUUGCAUGAAGGUUGAUGAAGACAAGCUUGGUUUGUCUUUUGUUAUCUCUCGUAUGGGCAACUUCGAUCCUUUGGCAAGCUUCGGUUCCCCUCGGAAUCAGCAGAUUAUUGGAGUACUAUCUUACGCUAUUAAUUGUCUUUGUGCUUCGUUAAGUUUGUUUCCAGUUUGGUUUUGUUUAGUGUCUUUAAUUACGCUGUGUGCUGUGUUUGAAUGUGUGUGUGGUGUUUGUAAUCCCUUGUGAUGCACCACUCAGGUGUGUUCCAAUAUGGGUGAGGAAUAAAAAAUAUUCGGUUUGUUA